UCCUUUUUUCGUGCCAGUCUUUUGGAGAUGCCAGCGUCCACCUUGCUGCUCCUUGACCCAUAAGCGUUUUUAUUGCCAGAAAUCUCGCCGUCCCCCCGUUCAACCUCAAAGCCGGACGGACAUAAAAAAGGAACAUUGAACCCCCAUCCGAAUCAUUUUCGAUCACGAGAGCGGGGAGUGGAUUUCUGAAAUAAAGGCUGAUUUUUUUUUUUUCAUCCCGUUUUCCCAGCCCAAAUCUUACCCCCGAUUCCAUAAAAUAUUGCAUUUGAUUGACCCCAAAUUUUGGGGGGGUACCAUCUCCAGAUAGCUUCGCUUUUUACAAACCGGAGCGGCUUCUCGGACCGUCCGUCCAUCCGUUUGUCCAGUUCUGCAAAAUGGCGGCCGCUUUACAACUGGUGUGUUUCUUUGUGGCUCUGCUCUCCACCGUGUUUCUGGGCGCAGCGACGUGGUCGGAUUGCUGGAUCGUGAACGCCGAUGAUAGCUUGGAGGUCAGCCACAAGUGCCAAGGGCUCUGGAGGAAAUGCGUCACUAACGUCCAAGACGGCAUUAAGACCUGUGACCAGUACGAUUCCAUUUUGGCCGAACAUCCCAUGAAAAUUGUGGUGACGAGGGCUUUGUUGAUCACUUCCGACAUGCUUUCGGGCUGCGGCCUGGUACUUUUGGUGGGAGGUCUCGACUGCAUCAAAAUCUUCCUGGGUGAGCCGGAGACGAAACGGAAGAUGCAUUCUGCGGCUGGAUUGGCACUCGGGACCGGAGGUGUGCUGGGGUUGGUGGGCUCCCUGUGGUACGCCAUCAACGCCUACAUGGAAAGGGCCGCCCACGUGCCCCACAACGUCUUUUUGGACGUCCACCAAGACUUCGGGUGGUCUUGGUGGCUGGGAUUGAUCGGCUCGGCGGGAAACCUGGCGGCCUGCAUUAUCCUGUCGUGCUGCCUCCAUUGUUCCUCUCCAGGAGCUGACCUGGGCAGGAAGUCUCGAGGUGCCCCUCCAGCUUUGCAGAGAUCGACUUCCAAGAUGUACGCAGUGGCUUCCCGGGUCUGAAGUGGAAAAUGGCGUUCGGGGAUUCCCGUCUCUCACAUCGCAGAUUUUAGGGAGGCCACCAGGAGAUGCUUUAAAAGAGAAUAUGGUUAGGGUCCAUAUGGGUCCAUAGGGUCUGAAAAAACCCCAACAGCUUGCCUUCUUUUGAACCCGUUCAAUAGCAGGGCUAGUCCUCGUCUUACAACCGCCACCAUGCUUCCGUCGCUAAGCGAGACAUUUUUAAUUUUGCCCCAUGGUACAACAUUUUCUUGCCAUGGUCGUUAAACAAAUCACUGCAGCGGUUCAAGUUAGGAACAUGGCCGUUAAGCGAAACCAACUUCCCCGUUGACUUUGUUCAUCCGAAGGUCGCAAAAAGGGGAUCACCGGUCGGCAAGCGUCUGGAUUUUGAACCACGUCGUGAUGCUACGAUGGUCGAAAGUGGGGAAAACCGGUCGUAAGUCCUUUUUAUCCGUGCCGUUGUAACUUGGAAGGAAUCGUCGUAAGUCGAGGACUGUCUGUUCCUUCUUAUUGUUUUCUCUCUUUCCUCAUCCUCCCAUCCGAAGGAUGGAAGAAGCAGAUAUCCGUCGUUAAAGAAGGACUCUGUCUUAGACUUCGGGGGAAUGUCAGUGGACGGAAAGAAAAAGAAUAAAAAAAAAAAAUGAUUUGAUUUUUUAA